AUGGUGAGAGUCUUGUGUCUUCACGGAAAGCGACAGACGGGGGAAAUUUUUGAGCACCAGCUGAACAAACUUUGCAGGUUUCUCUCUGGUGUUGCCGAGCUUGAGUUUGUAGAUGCCCCAUGCGUUCUCACAGGUGAGAUGGUGACGGGUGACGCGGUGGCCACGCGCUCAUGGUGCGAACCAAAAGACGGCGGCACAAGGGACAGUUACGCGGCGGGAGACGACUUUGUGCGACGCUGCAUGACUUCAGGAGGCAGCCCGUACGAUCUUCUUUUAGGAUUUUCUCAAGGCGCACUUCUUGCGGCUCGCUACGUGAUGCUGCAGAAAAUGAACGGAGAGAGGGAAUACGGACCGCCAGUGAAGGCUGUUAUCAUUGCGGCGUCACCGGACCCACGCCGUGUCUUCCCGGAGUUUGUGGCAUCAUAUCUUUAUCACGUGCCGCAACAUGACAUCAACAGAACCGGCUUUUUGGGUGCCGUGCCCUCUUUGCACAUCGUUGGGGAGAAGGAUGCCAUCGUCGAUCCGGCGGAGAGUUGCUCCUUUGCGGAGGCAUGUCGACCACAGUCAGAGCUCCUUUUCCACGCCCACGCCCACAGCAUCCCGCAACUGAGGAGUGUUCUUGUUUCCAUAAAGUCUUUUAUUGAGCGCAUCACUGUCUAUACAGGGGAAAGGGGUGAAACGGACAAAACAGAGGCGACGCUUGAAAGGGAAAAUGGUGAUGAUGAUGAUAGCGGAUCCCUUGAUGCAGCAUGCGAAGAGGAGAUUGGGUUGUUGACAUCGAUGUAUGGUGAGGAGUGUGUGCAACGUAAUAAGACCCCAGUGGUUUUUUUGCCGCUUCUGCUUGACGGUGUGUCGGAUGAAGCGUCAGACAUGUCACUGUCGGCCCUUAGAAUUUGCAUGACUCUGCCAAGGCGGUAUCCGGCGGAGUUACCCAAGCUGGACGUGGUUGGAGGCCCUGCGGCUCAUCACGUUUUCUUUGAGCGCUGGAAGUUGCAGCUGAUUACCAAAACACUCGCGUACCUUCGGGACGAUUUGGGUGUUGGAAACGCCAUGCUUCUUCCUGCGAUGAUGUUUGCAGGCGAACAGGCGGCGAGUGACGUGGCGUUUCUGCGGUCGGUCAUGUCUGCCAAGGCGAGUGCCUCCGCUGCUCCGGAUGGCUCUGCGGCCCAAAACCUGCAGCAGCAGCAGCAGGAAAUAAACGCAUGGUGGGAUGCCGAUGGGGACGACGAUGAUGAUCGGUCCGCAUGUAUUGUGGAUGCCGAACAAAAUGCGCAGCAGACACUCGAGGGAAAUCCUCCAGAACGGGCGUUCAACGAACUGUCGGCAGCCUUUUUUGACAACUACCACCCGAAUUUGCGUGGUGGAGUUUUAGAGCUGACGAUUGGUCUCAUUGGAAAACCGUCGGCGGGAAAGAGCACCUUCUUCAAUGCCGUGACGGACCCGGACAGUGAGAGUAAGGCCGCGAAGGUUGCCGCCUUUCCAUUUACAACAAUUGAGCCCAACGUGAGUGCUGGUUUUGGCGCCGUUUUCUGCCCAUGCUGCAUUUUGUCAACUUCAUCAUCGCCUUGUGACGCCAUGUAUGGCCAUGUGCCGGUCGGUGGGGCUUUGUGUCGUCGACACCCCGUUAUCAUCAAGGACGUCGCCGGUCUGGUGCAGGGGGCUUAUAAGGGAAAGGGAAAGGGUAACCAAUUCCUCAACGACUUGUGUGAUGCGAGUGUUCUUGUGCACGUUGUGGAUGGGGCGGGUGCGACUAACGCGGAUGGGUCCGCGUGCCCCCCAGGAACAGGCUCUACAUGUGAUGACAUCACGUGGGUUCGUGCGGAGGUUCACAGUUGGAUCUAUGACAACCUCCGCGCGAAGUGGGGUGGGAUCCGGAGGAAACCGGAAAAAUUGCGCACAAUGUUUACGGGCUAUCGCAGCCCUCCUUCUUUUGUGGAUGGGGUGCUGCGGUACAUGGGCAUCACGAGCGAGGCAGAGUUGAUGAGCCAAUUGCCUGUAUGGAGGCAAGCUGAACUUCAUCGUCUUGUGGCGCUGUACGUACGUCUGCGGUUUCCCAUUGUUGUUGCGCUCAACAAGUCAGAUAUACAAUCAGUGGCCGGGGAGUUGCAUGCUGACCUUCAGCGACGUUAUCCUCACGAGAAAUUUGUGCCGAUGUCUGCAAAGGUGGAGUGUCAUCUGCUGCGGCAGAGCGGCCUUGUGGAAUACGUCUCUGGGGAUUCCUCCUUUCAAGAGAAGGGAAGCAGCGGCGACGGCAGAGGCUCGCUAAUGAGCCCGAUGGAGUCAAUGGCACUUGCGGAAGUGCGUCAGUUCUUUGGUUCUGGACGCACCCCCACCACAACUGGCGUGCAGGAGGUGUUGGCUGCGGCGUUGUUCCGCUGCCCCAUCGUUUUGGUGUUUCCCACCGUCUCAAUGAAGUUGCCGCUGCCAUCACUGAGGGAAUGCCUUGUGUUCAAGUCUGGCAGCAGCGCCGGCGAUGUGUUUGAGUCGCUCCUGCGUGCAAACUUAUUGGAUGGGAAACUUGUGCGCUUUGAGGCGGUGUGCGCGGAGCGUCUGCGUGAGGGCCACGAGCCGACGUCCCUCAAGAAGGAUGCCGCGCUGCCGGGGAGGCAUGUACUGGUGCGUGUCCUCACAAACAAGAGACAAUUGGUUGUGUGA